AUUUCAUAUAUUCAAACGGGGUGAAGGUGGAACUGUUCUUUCCGCAAAAGAACACACAUGUAACACUGGCUGGGUCUGAAAGUGGGCGCUCUGAUUAACAGGAUGUGUGUGAGCUCUCUGUUAUUUCCAAAGGAGCACCUUAGGAGUCUCGACCUGUAGGUUUUCCCACUUGCCCCCAACACCGCAGACACACACAGCCCGCGAGAGACCCGGUCGGCCUGAGGUCACAGGGGAGCCCGAGCUAGAACCCAGGAGCGCAGCCCCUGCCCUGCGCAGUUCUCGUCGUCCACGAUGCGGGAAGCUCCGCUACCGGCUUCCUCCGCUCGCAGAGUCCCGGCCCCCGGCAGCUCCCCGCGUCCGCACAUCGUCCGAGCCUGCUGCCUGAGGCCGGCACUGCGCAGUCCAGCUUCGCCACCCGCGGGCGCCCUUCCAGGGCACUCGCGCCCCUGGCGGAGCGGCCUGGGCCAGUCACCCAGCCCAGGAGCCCUGCCCUUGCGGGUUUGCCUCCCAGGGAGCCCCGCGGCGCUCCCAUGCCCACUUCCUGUCGGGGCGCGCGUCCUUCCGGUAGGCUUCGUCCCCAUUGGCCGGCCGAGGGCUUGCGUGGGGCGGCCGCGCAGCACCGGGCUGUGGAAGCUCAGGCCGCUGGCCCGCGCUCCGGCUUGUCUUCCUCGCCCGGGCUCUUCAUGGUGCUGGCAGCAUGUGGCGCCUGUCGGGACUCCUGGGCCGAGCCCUUCCCCGUCUGCUGGGUCCUCAUUUCCAGGGGGUGACUCCCAAGCCCGCCAGCCCAGAUGGGUCUCAGGUGACCUUCUCCUCCUUGCUGGUCUGUGUUCCCAAAGUUCACAGGUCAGGCUCUCAUGGGCCAAGUACAAGCAGGGAUCCAAAGUCCCACGGAGGGAAGGAUGCUUUCCAGUGGAUGUCUGCUCGCAUCUCCCCGCACACCUUGUGGGAUGCUGUCUCAUGGGGCACUCUGGCCGUGCUGGCCCUGCAGGUGGCACGACAGGUCCACUUCCAGGCGUUCCUGUCCACAGGGCCUCGGCAGGCAGAACGCUGCUCUUGGCGCAGUCCCCUGGAUCGUUUCCUCUCGUCUCCCUGGUGGCACCUGCACUCCUCCCUGCGAAGGCACGUCCUCCCUGGCCCUGCUGGCCCAACCCCCAGGCACCUCGGCCUCAGGGAACCCAAGCUGGGCCCAGAGAAGCCCUCAGCUCAGCCUGGAAGCUUCUCUCGCAGCUCCUUGAGAAUAGCUGGUCCUCAGCAGCCCCUUGAAGAAGGUCUCAGUGAGUUCAGCUUUCUAGAUGCCAGCAGUAGCUUUGAGUCGGAGCCAACGCCAGCCAAGCUACAGCACCCUGAUGAAAAGAAGGAACAAGAUAAAUCAAAAGCUCUUUCCCUCGAAGAGGCUGUGACUUCCAUUCAGCAGCUUUUCCAGCUCAGUGUUUCCAUUGCUUUCAACUUCCUGGGGACAGAGAACAUGAGGAACGGGGACCACACAGCAGGCUUUUCUUACUUCCAGAAAGCUGCUGACCGUGGCUACAGCAAAGCACAGUACAACAUGGGCUUGUGUCAUGAGCAUGGCAGAGGCACCUACAGGGACCUCCACAAGGCCAUCUUUUAUUACCGGUUGGCUGCUAGCCAGGGCCACAGCCUCGCUCAGUACCGCUAUGCCAGAUGUCUACUGCAAGCCCCAGCCUCCUCGGGGGACCCUGAGCAACAGAGAGCACUGUCCAUGCUAAAGCAGGCUGCAGACUCAGGCCUGAGAGAGGCCCAGGCUUUCCUCGGGGUGCUCUUCACCAAGGAGCCACACCUGGAUGAGCAGAGCGCUGUGAAAUAUUUGUGGCUUGCAGCCAGCAGCGGGGACUCACAGAGCAGAUACCACUUGGGAAUUUGCUAUGAGAAAGGCCUUGGUGUGCAGAGGAACCUAGGAGAGGCCGUAAGGUGUUAUCAGCAGUCAGCGGCUCUGGGCAACAAGCCUGCCCAGGAGAGGCUGCAGACCCUCUUCUCCAUGGAGGCAGCAGCACUCAGGCCCAGCCACCUGGCCGUUACAGGACUGAAGUCUUUCUCCAGCCCCUCCCUCUGCAGCCUGAGCCCUCUGCUGGCUGGCGCUGCAGGCCUCCCUCAUGCGUGGAGCACUGGGAACCUCAGCCGCCUGUGCAGGAGCCCGCAUCUCGGAGCCAGCCUGGGAGCCUGCAGCAGUGCCAUUCCCUCCUUGGAAAGAAGUCUCGUAAGACUGGGCUUUGGCUAAGACCUCGCCUCAGCUCUAACAACAGAGCCUUUGCGUUCUCAGAAUAUCAUGACUUGAAUCCCAGAGAAGCCAGUUGCCAUUCACCGUCCCAAACCCAGAGAGCCAGCCCCGCACUGUAAACGGGAGCGCUGCAGACCUGGUUCUGCCAGCCGUGUCACCUGCAGCUCUGACCUGACUCACUGAUGGCAUCUCCUCAGCUGUAGACCAAGGGCAGUGGUGCGUGCCCACCUUCCUUCACAGGGCCAAUGCCGGGCCUUUCCCCUCAGGAAGGACCCCGGAGCUUGCUUAGACUCCUGCAGGCAGUGAUGUUCGCGACUGAAGGAGGACCCAGGCCUCCUGACUCCUGGCCUGGGCGUCUGUUCUGCACUUCACGCAGAACUGUCAUUAUGAUCCCACUGAUGUGAGGAAGAUGAGACUGGGCACCUGGGGUCUUGGAGCCAGAGUGUAGACUGUGAGUUUUCACUUGGGAAAGGUGAGCCAGAGGUGUCUGGACAUUUAAUAAAACAGCUCGUGGAUUAUCUCAUCACUCUUGCCCUUGAGUGUGUUGGUGAGAGCCAGGGAGACGGGGGAGGGGGUGGAAGGCGAGGCUCCAUCCUCAUCUCUGAACUCUCCAUUAACCAAUUAAAGGGUCUUAAAAGCUUCUCCAGGAGAGAGACUUAGGAAAGAAAAUGAUUUCUGAGUCAACGCUAAUGACUCCAAUUACUGAGUUUGUGAAAAGCUGUUCCCUGGCUUCUGGAUAUUAGCCCGAGUUCAUAGCAUAGAUAUGGUGGAGGGAAGGGGAAGGGAAAGACCGAGGACCAGCUCCUCCAGUGACUGCAUGUGUGAAGAGCCCACUAGCAUGGCCGGUACAGAGGAGGGAGGGUUUGUGGAAGACACUGCCCACAUUCUCUCUACUGCCAGGCCCCCCCUCAACCAGUCUUGUAACCGUGCUUUCUAUGCUUUUCUAACACCUCACUCACCUGUGGAGCCCCAGUGCCUCCCUGCCCCCUCCUGGGGUGCCCCACACACUGGCCUCACCCUUAUCACCUCCCAAGAUGGUCCUCCUUAGUAGCCGGAACCCCAUCUUUGUUCUGCAGCAACUCAGCAUCUAGCAGUGUUGUGUGCAGCGCAGGGGCUCAGUGCCAUUUUAAGCCAUGCAGUGCCCUAUUCUCUCAGCCAAAAAACAAGGCUUCUGUGGUCAGAUAAGUUUGGGAAACGCCGCACUAGACGUCCCCUUUUAUAGAUGCACCAAGCGCAUCAGCACAUUCUGGGUUCCAGGAAGUCCUGCAGUAAGAACACCGUUAACCCGGUGUGCACCUCACAGGCCGAGACAGAGCCCA